AUGUCAAACUAUUCUAAGUUCCUUAAGGAAAUAUUUAGUGGCAAGAGAGAGUGCAAUGUGGUUGAUUCGGUGAGUGUUGAGGAAUGUUGUAGUGCUCUUAUCCAUGAUGACCUACCCCCAAAGAUAAAAGACCUGGGGAAUAUCUCCAUCCCUUGCAAUAUUAAUGGAAAAUUGUUCCAAAAUGCUCUUUAUGAUCUUGGUGCUAGUGUUAGCAUCAUGCCAUAUUCCGUCUUCAAGAAGCUUAGGUUAGGUGAGCUCCUCCCAACCAACAUGGCCCUACAAUUGGCCGACCGUUCUAUUAAGUUCCCCAAGGGUAGAGUUGAGGAUAUCCCCCUCAAGAUAGGAGAAUUCAGUAUCCCCGUUGACUUCAUUGUGCUAGAGAUUGCGGAAGAUGACAAUAUUCCUAUCAUUUUAGGGAGACCAUUCUUAGCCACUUUGGGGGCUUUGAUUGAUGUGAAGGGUGGUCUUAUUACUUAG